AUGACGGCAGCCAAAACAGAGAUCAGCGGUGCCAUCGAUCUCCCCAUCACGUCGGCGAGGUACAUGUUACCACCACCGUCGAAUCAAGUUUCAGUGGAGCCACAGUCAUCUUCUCCCGCAACCGCUCGUUGCUUUUUCCUCAUCCUGGUGCCGCUCGUUGUCGUAAACUCUGCCGCCUUCAGCAACCUAGUCCGACGCACCACAAACUUUCUCGUCGCAUUCGGAGCCGCCACCAUCUCGCCAAGACCAGUUGAUAUAGCCUCCUCUCCAGACCGUCGCUACAACCUCAGCCCGGAAUCCAACCCAUCGUCAUCGUCGCUGCACGUGUCAGCAUCGAUCCGCCGUUGUCGAGGAGUACUGUUCCCCGAUCGGCCUAGAGCUUCAAUUCAUCUACAGUACCUACUCUGGGUGGAGGAUUGGCACAAAGCUGGGAGGUUCGCCUGGGGAACAUCUGUUCUAUCCUACAUGUACCGUGAGAUGGGUAGGUCAGUGCUGCAAAUGACACAGUCCUCUUCAACAGGUGGUGACCUUGGUGGAUGGUCCGCCUUACUGCAGCUCGGGGCAUGGGAGCAAUUUUCAUAUACAGCACCACUACAUACAGAGACGGGGGCGCAGAUUACCGAGGACGCAUUCCCACAUGGUGUUCGAUGGCUUUCGGCCCAAACCCGUCAGCAUGGUAAUCAGUUCUACUAG